UAACUCGUGCUUCAUAGUCUGAAUGCGUUGUGAGUGGUGUGCUUGUGUGAGCGUUUGGUUGAAUGAAUGUGGAGAGUUUGUGUGUGAGUGUGUAUUUCUCUAAAAAUCUACACAGUGAUCUUAUUUGAUCUGGUCGGAGUUUAGCUCCGCUCCGAUCAGAAAUGAUAGGAAAGCGCUCGCGAGCCUCCAUGGCGAUGAGCAGCGGGCGAGAACUUAACAUCGGAGCGGCCACGCUUCAUGUUGUGGUCAGAGGUGAUGAAUUGAUCAGAUAUACUAGUUCUCGGUGUGUUUGGGUUCAUCUCAAGCGUCACUAUGGACAAUGAGUAAAGAGGCGAUUCUGAUCUAACCACAACUGAAGAGCUGCGCGAGUCGACCUGAGCGGUUGAUAAUUUAAGGCCUGUGUUCUGCUCACGAGACGCUCAUUGUGUCUGACGACACGCGGCUUGUUUCAUUGUUCGGAAAAGAUGUCGGCGGUUCACCCUUUCCGCGGGGAAUGUCCACACUUGUACUACGCGACGGUGGAAAUGUCUUAAGUGAAAGUGAAGUACGACCAACUGCAACUAGUUACCGUACGUGAUUUAAUGAAGAGAAUCAUGGCCGACAGUACAGAUGUCCUCUUCGUGGCUACCUCCUGGUCGUCGCAGCCCUGUUUCCAUGUUUAAAGGGCAGCCUCACGUGUGUCCGUUUAAAAACUAAAUCACGUACUGAUCUCCAUUUUAAGUAUUGGCAUUUUCCGUGGGUAUCAGCAAUUUCCAUGGGAGUUGUGUCAACAGUGUGUGUGUAACUAUAAAGUACAAAAUGAACUCAUGCAUGUUACUAAUCCUCUGCAACACAUAACGGGCAGCUCAAAGAAAAUAAUGGGAACACACUUGGCUGCUAAUUCAGUCUUAAUACAUGCCUGCAAUACAUCCUAUCUUAAUGACCCGUUUCUAAUAUGUUGUUUAGUCUGUUCAACAUUGAGGUAGACGAAUCAACACUAACAAUACCUCAGUAUAAUGCAACUCAAUUCAACAGCACCACAAACUAUAUUCUCCAAAAUGACCAUGAAGGUGAAAUAUCACAUACCAUAUGUACACAACCUCACACAUCACAUUGAGCCUAACGAACUGGUAUAUAACCAGGAAAAGGUUGAUGUUAUUACUGUAAUAAUAACAUCAACUUGAUGUUAUUCACGUUAUUACUUUCAGAUAGGUGUAAUAUAUAGAAUACAACAAACUAAAAUGAGUUUGGCUCUCUAUUCCAGUAGUUCUUUGAUAAAGCUAUCCAUUUAUCGUAGCCAGUCCGUUUCUUUUUAUUUAUGUUAAUACAAUAUGUGUCUUCAUAUUGUGUCUGUUUCAUUUAUGCAGUCUUUCUUUUCAUAAAAUGCACACGGUCCAUCCAGAAUAUUGAUAUAAUAACAACACCAGAUGACAGUAUUUUUACUUAGAACUCCCAAGAAUAUUCGAUGUCCUAAAUCCUGGUCAAAAUCUCCUAAACCCAUUUUUUACAGGAUAUAUGUGGUGCAGAAAGAAGUCCAAAAGAAAGCUCUCAUAUUAUAGUCCCAAAACAAUACGUAUCUCAUGCAAACCAACAUCUGUCGAAUUGGGAAUUUGAAUAUAGCAUAGUUUUGUUAACAUCAGUAUAAUUGUUUUAUACAAGGCUACCGUAUAUUCUUUGAUACAAGUGAAAAUAACAAACAAAUAUCUAAAAUGUUAUCAAAUAAUAUACAGUAGCCUUGUAUAAAACAAUUAUAAUUCACAGACUGAUACGUAGAACAGCUCCUCUAUGAAUACAACGUUUAUCAACUAACUCAGGUUGUAUUCAUGUUGUAAUUCAUGUUCCACGUAUCAGUCUGUGAAUUAUAUCUCGCGAUAGUUCUAAUGAUGACGCCCGUCUUUGUGUAUACACGUGACCUUUUUUAACCAAUCUGAGAGGUGUCUCAGCGAACACUCGGCGGGGCGCGCGGGGGCGAACGGACUGCAAUUCCUUCCCUCGGAAAGCUCGUCUUUUGCUUACCAUGGCUACGUCCACCAAGAAACGGCGACAGAGUCACCUCAACGCCGGCUCACAAACGUCCAACAGCGCAGCGAGCAUGUUCUCAGGCGGCCAGACGGACCAACUCGGAGUCGAUGGUCGUUUUGUGGAGGGAUCCAUACUUCGCAUCACCAUGAAAAACUUCCUGACCUACGACUACUCUGUGCUGUAUCCGGGACCCAAUCUCAACAUGAUUGUUGGAGCCAAUGGAACUGGCAAGUCGAGCAUCGUGUGUGCCAUCUGUCUGGGUCUGGCUGGCAAGACCGCUAUCCUGGGCAGAGGAGACAAGAUUGGGCUCUAUGUCAAACGUGGGUGCAGUAAAGGAUUUAUUGAGAUUGAACUGUUCAAGACUGGUGGUAAUCUAGUGAUUAACAGAGAGAUCCACGUGGAGAACAACCAGUCACUGUGGAUGCUGAAUGGAAGACACUGCAACCAGAAAUCAGUGGAAGAAGAAGUCAAGGCUCUGCAUAUCCAAGUCAACAACCUCUGCCAGUUUCUGCCUCAGGAAAAAGUGGGAGAGUUUGCCAAGAUGUCCAAAAUUGAGUUGCUGGAGGCAACUGAGAAGUCAGUGGGACCACCAGAGAUGUAUGAGUACCAUUGUGAGCUCAAAAACUUUCGCAACAAAGAACGAGAACUGGAGAACGUUGUGAAGGAGAAGGCCAGUUUCCUUGAAAAGGCCAAGCAGAGGAACGAGAGGAACAAACAUGAUGUGAACCGUUACUACGAAAAGAAGAGACAUCUGGACGUGAUUGAGUUGCUUGAGAAGAAGAAGCCGUGGGUGGAGUACGAGACCACCCGUAAGGAGUUUGAGGGUGCGAAGAAGGAGCGAGACAACGCCAAAAAGCAGCUCUCUGCCCUGAAGCAGGCCCAGGCGCCCAUGCUGGGGAAGAUCCAGCUGAUUGAUAACCAGCUGAAGCCCACAGAGGCACAAAUAAAGGCUAAGACUAUUGCCAUCAAAGAAGCUUCUCUGAAGUGCAAACAGAAACAAGAACAGUUGGAUCGAAAACACAAAGAGAUAGAAGAUAUUAAACAGACACAAAGGCUAAAGCAGAUGGAAGAGGAAGACCACCAGAAGCGAAUCAGCAACACUAGACGGACCAUUGAUGACUUGAAGGCAGAGCUCGCCAAAGUUGGCGACCAACCUGACGUGACUCCACGAAUCAAUGCUGUGAAUGUCGAGCUGAGGAACAUCCGGGAAGAGAGAGCCAAGAUCGAAGGAGAGAAGGCCGACCUACGCAGGGAGAAAGACAACCUCCAUGCUGAGUCCACAAUGUUGGUGAGAAAGCUCAGUGACAUGAACAACAUGAUGAAUGCCAAAGAGCAAAAGCUGCAAAGACGCCACAGGGACACACACACUGCCCUCCACUGGCUCCGGCAGAACAGACAACUCUUUGGUGGAAAUGUCCAUGAGCCCAUGAUGCUGGUGAUCAAUGUGAGAGAUCAUCGCUUUGCUAAGUUCGUGGAGAACCACAUCUCAUUCCACGAUCUGAGGGCGUUUGUCUUCCAGAGAAAAGACGACAUGGAGAAAUUCAUGAUAGAGGUCCGUGACAAGAUGAACUUGAAAGUGAACUCCAUCUCUGCUCCGGAGGAAUCGUGCUCUCGGCGGCAGCCAUCCCGAAAUAUUGAGUCCCUAAGGCGUUUUGGGUUCUUCACCUACUUACGCGAGAUGUUCGACGCCCCUGAUGAGGUGAUGAGUUACCUCUGUCACCAGUACAAAGUGCAUGACGUUCCGGUGGGCAAUGACCAAACUAAAGCCAUGAUUAAAACGGUGAUUGAGGAGCCCUACCUCAGGGUGUUAUACACAACAGAGGAGAGGUACACAUUGAAGAGGUCCCAUUACUCCAACAAGAUCAGCACCAGUAACUCUGCAGUGCACCCUUCCCAGUACCUCACCAUCACUGUGGAUGCUGAAGAGAAGCGGCUGCUGGAGCAGCAGAUGAAGGCCUGUGAGGUGAAGUUACGAGAAAUCGAUGAGCGGAUAAAGACCCUGCAGGCGGAAGCUGCCACACUGGAUCGCCGUGACAACGAGUUGUUGGCAGAGAAGAAGCACCUUUCUGAAGUAAAGGGCAAAAAGAGGCAACUGGAGCAGAAGAUCAGUACUAAGCAGGACAGUCUGGGGCAGAUGGAGCACAGCGUUAUUGACCUGCAGAAGAUUGAAGAGGAAACUAAAGAAAAAAUUGCUGUUGUCAAUUCCCACAAAGUGUCCAUAGUCACAGUGUUCAUGGCCCAAAUGAAGCUGAGAUCCAAGCUGACCAUGGAGAAGGUAUACCUGGCUUUGGAGACGGUGGGUCUGAUGGCUGAGAAGGCCAAGCUGGAGAACGACUGUAGAGACGGCGCCACUGAACUAAAGACCACUGAGCAAAAAUGUAGCCGUCUGGAGCAGAGGAAGGUGCAGCUGACGGAACAAUGCAAAGGCCUGUUGAAGAGAGCAAUGGCAAUUUGCAAGAUGAAACCUGACGAGUCAUUACCUGAAGACCUUCGCAAUGCUUUCAGCAAGCUGCCUGACACACUAGACGAGAUCGACGCCAUGCUGAAUGAGGAGCGGUCCAGAGCUGAGUGCUUCACUGGCCUCAGUGAAAAUGUUGUUGACGAGUACAACAGGAGAGAGCAGGAGAUCAAACAUCUGGAGAAAGAGCUGGAAGACAAGAGCAACGCUCUGAACGCCUACCGACAGAACAUAUCAGAGGCUAAGGAACGCUGGCUGAACCCGCUGAAGCAGCUGGUGGAACAGAUUAAUGACAAGUUCAGUGAUUUCUUUCGCUCCAUGCAGUGUGCAGGAGAGGUUGAUCUGCACUCAGAGAAUGAGGAGGAGUAUGACAAGUAUGGGAUCCGAAUUCGGGUGAAGUUCCACAGCAGCACUCAGCUCCACGAGCUGACGGCCUACCAUCAGAGUGGAGGAGAGCGCAGCGUCUCCACAAUGCUCUACCUCAUGGCCCUGCAGGAGCUCAAUCGCUGCCCCUUCAGAGUGGUGGACGAGAUCAACCAGGGAAUGGAUCCUGUAAAUGAGAGAAGAGUCUUUGACAUUGUGGUCCGCACAGCCUGCAAAGAGACAACAUCCCAGUACUUCUUCAUAACACCCAAACUGCUGCAGAAUCUUCAGUACGCUGAUGAGAUGACUGUCCUUUGUGUGCAUAACGGCAGCCAAAUGCUUCCCCCUAACCAAUGGGACGAGAAGGCUUUCAUCAGACGAUGUAUCCAAAGAAAAGCCAGAGCAUGAACCCACCAUUUGACCUUCCCUUGCCCAAAUUCAAUUAUUUUGAACUGUUAAAAUUAUACUGAUUUAUAAAUAAUUUCUGUUAAGCUGUUUUCAAAUAAAGUUGAACAUGAACCUUUGAAAAUAA